AUGUCUCUAUUUUUCUAUAUUUCCCCUCACAACUUUAUUAUUUGUGUACAAUGUUGCAUUAAUAAAAAUGUCACACUUUCUUUCCCUGUGACCAUUUCUCGUUCUCUCCCCAUUCUUCCUCGCUUUCUGCACUCUCUCUCUCUCUCUCUUACAUUUUUCUUCUCAUUUUGCUACUUAUUCUCUUUCUGUCACUUUCUGUCUUUCUAUAUCUCUCUCUCCCCACUUUCUUUCUCGCAUUCUCUUCCACUCUGUUUUCUUCUAUUGUCUCUCUCUCUCUCUCUCUCGUUUUCUCGUUAUCUUUCUCCUUCUCCCGCUCUCUUUCUCGCAUUCUCUUCCACUCUCUCUCUCUCUCUCUCUCUCUCUCUUGCUUUUUCUUCUUUUUCUGCUACUCAAUCUCUUUCUAUCGCUUUCUGUCUUUCUAUUGCUCUCUUUCCCCCUUUUUCUUUCUCGCAUUCUCUUCCCCUCUAUUUCUCUUCUACUCUCUCUCUCCCUCUCUCUCUUGUUUUCUGCUUAUCUUUCUUCUUAUCUCAUUCUCUUUCGCUUUUCUUUCUCUCUAUUCCUCUUCUAUUCGCUCUCUCUCUCUCUCUCGCCUUCUUCUCUUUCUUCUUUUUUUCAUUUAUCUUGCUCUUUCGCUUUCUCUCUUUCUAUUUCUCUUUCUCUCACUUUCUCUGUCGCUUUCUCUUCCUCUCUAUCUCUCUUCAGCUGUCUCUCUUUCUGGCUUUCACCUUCUCUUCCUGCCCAUCCAUCUCUCUAUGUAUUCGCUCUAUUUUUGUCUUUCUCUCUUUCUCUUCCAGUCUAUUUCUCUAUUUUUUCUUUCUCUCUCUCUCUCUUUUACCGACUCUUUCUUCUUAUCCAUUUCUCUCUUUCUCUCUCUUCCACGUAUCUAUUUAUUUUUUUGAUUAUUUAUUUCCAUUUGUCUUCAAAUUUCUUUUUCUCUCUUAUGCACACGUCACUGUUUCUGAUUCAUACACACAUACACGUAAUUUCUCUCUCUCUCUCAUUCAUUUUCUAUUACUGUCUCUAAUUUUUAUAUUCCUAUUCCAUUCUAUUCCUUUCUAUGCAUCUCUGUCUAUCUAUCUAUCUAUCUAUCUAUCUACCUAUCUAUCUAUAUAUUCCUCAUUCUCUCGCGAUUGCUUUCUCAAUUGA